AUGGCGACAAGUAGUUCGCUGCCUCCUCUUAUAGGUGGGAAGUUUGAGAUGGCUUGGAUAGUAGCACAAUGGGUGCUUAUGUAUAAGCACCCAUUCAAAGUUGUCGAGCAAGAGGGUUUUAAUAAUUUGCUAAAAUAUGGGAAGCCUAGUUGGGAAAAAAUAUCACUUUUCACAAGAAAAAAUGAUUGUCAUAAGGUGUAUGAAAUGGAAAAGAAGAGGUUGAAGGCUGUUUUAAAGAAUAUUGAUAGAAUUAGUUUGACUACUGAUCUUUGGAAUUCUAGUAAUCAGAAACUUGAGUACAUGUUGCCUCAUAGAAAAUUGAUAUUGGAUUUUAAAACGAGGUGGAACUCAACUUAUAAGAUGUUGGCAACUGCAUUAAAAUUCCAAAGGGUGUUUCCAAGAUACAUUCAAAGAGACCAGCAUUUCACUUCUUGUCCCCUUGAUGAAGAUUGGGAUAAAAUAGAGAGAGUUUGUGAAAUUUUGAAGGUUUCCAAUGUUGCAACUAACAUCAUUUCAGGGUCUGAAUAUCCAACAUCAAAUAGAUUUCUUGCCGAGCUUUGUAAGGUGAAAGUUUUGUUGGAUAAACAUGCUAAGGAUGAAAAUGAAUUUGUGAGGACCAUGGUGAGGAAGAUGAAAGGGAAAUUUGAUAAAUAUUGGGGGGAGUGCAAUUUGUUGAUAUCUAUAGCUGCUGUUCUGGACCCUAGGUGCAAAAUGAGAGUGUUGGACUAUGUUUUCCCCAAGAUUUAUGGUAAUCUUGAAGCAUGGGCUCAUUCUACAACAGUUCGGGAUGUCUUGUACAAGUUGUACAGGGAAUAUGUGGUCGAAAGUCAAUCAUCUAUCGUUCGACAUAUGCCUACACCUGGGCAGGUAAGGGGGAGUGGGAGUGGGAGUGGGAGUGGGAGUAGGAGUGGGAAGAAUGCGAAUGCUGACUCUUCUGGUUGGUCAAAUUUAAUGAAUUAUGUGGGCAUAAUUGAAACUAUUGCCCCAGAAAAAUCGGAGUUAGAUUCCUAUUUGGAAGACCCAUGUUAUAAGUGUGAGGUGGAUCAUGAGGCGUUCGAUGCUUUAAAGUGGUGGCAAACAAACAGUUUGAAAUAUUCAGUGUUAUGUAAGGUGGCUCAUGAUAUAGUUGUCGUUCCUAUUACCACGGUGGCUUCAGAGGCUACAUUUAGUGUCGGAAGUAGAGUUAUUGACAAUUACCGAUCUUGA